GGAAUAGAACGAAAUAUUAUGAUUGAAGAUGCAAGCGGUAAAAAAUUAAAAGCAAAGACUGUUUUUGCUUUGUCAAUGAAAUAUCAUAAAGAUGACCUGAUUGAGAUUUCAAAAAAACGCAUUGCUGAUGAUGGAAUAAGAAACAGUGAUAUUCAUUGGGUACUGACAGUUCCAGCUAUUUGGAAUGAUGCAGCCAAGCAGUUUAUGAGGGAAGCCGCUGAAGAAGCUGGUAUAUCGAAGGAGAGACUAACCAUUGCACUCGAACCUGAGGCAGCAUCAUUGUUUUGCCGACAUCUGCCUGUUGAGAAAAGUCUUGGCCGGAAAAAAGUGUCAUUGUCUAAAUUUCAAGCUGGGAAGAAGUAUCUGGUAUUAGAUGCUGGCGGCGGAACAAUAGACAUCACCAUUCAUGAAGUAUUGAGAAACGGGAAUCUGAAAGAACUUCACAAGGCAAGUGGAGGAGCAUGGGGUGGAACCAAGGUUGAUGCAGCUUUCGAAGCCUUUCUGUCGGAGAUAAUAG